AUGUCGGCUAAACCCAUCUUCGUCGCUACCCAUCCGAGGGCAUGCUCAACGGCUUUUGAACGGGUCUUCAUGACUCGCAGGGACUCUCUGCAAUGCAUCCACGAGCCAUUCGGGGAUGCUUUUUACUUCGGCCCGGAAAGGCUGAGUGCGAGGUAUGAAAAUGAUGAAAAGGCUCGUCUGGACAGCGGUUUCAGUACCUCCACCUAUAAAACAAUCUUCGAUCGCAUUGAGAGCGAAACCACUGAGGGCAAACGAAUCUUCAUCAAAGACAUCAUCCACUAUUUGGUCCCUCCCGACGGAAAACCAGCCAGUAUCGCUCCAUCUCUGUUCAAGGUGAAGCGUGGUAUCGGCACCAAUGGCGAAAUCAACGGCCUCACCAACGGUCACGCCGAGGUCAAUGGCGUGACUACGAAUGGAGGGACUCCAGUGAAAGCUGAAGUUCCCCCAUACCCCUAUCCGACUGAAGCCGAGCCAGGAAACCCAACAGUGGUACCUCUGGAGCUUCUGUCCAAAUUCCAUUUCACUUUUCUCAUUCGUGAUCCGCACUACAGUAUCCCGUCUUACUUUCGAUGCACAAUUCCGCCGUUGGACGACGUGACCGGCUUCCAUGAAUUUUCUCCGUCUGAGGCUGGAUACGACGAAGUGCGUCGAGUCUUUGAUUACUUGCGCAGCGUUGGUUUAAUCGGACCUCGUGUGGCGACGACGACGCAUGCAGAGGAUACAGCUAAUAAGCAGACCAAUGGAACCACUCACCGUCAUGAUAACGGUAGCAUGGGUGUCGAAAUAUGUGUCAUCGACGCAGAUGACCUUUUGGACAAUCCGUCUCUUAUGAUUGAAUCAUAUUGUAAGAGCGUUGGUAUUCCAUUCGAACCUGAGAUGCUCCGUUGGGAUACAGAGGAAGACCAUGCGUAUGCCCGUGCCGCAUUUGAGAAGUGGAAGGGCUUCCACGAGGACGCUAUUGCGUCGAAGGAACUCAAAGCUCGCACUCAUAGCAAGUCAUUCAAAUCCGAGGAAGAGUUCGAUGCCGAAUGGCGCGAGAAAUUCGGCGAGAAAGGGGCGAAGAUCAUCCGAGAGACUGUCAAUCGCAACAUGGCGGAUUAUCAUUACAUGAAGCACUUCGCACUAAAGGUUUGA